AACGGCGCUCAGUUGUUGAACUAAAAUCGAGACCGACGGUCGCAUAAACUUGGGCUUGGCAUUCACAAAGGCAAUCCAACGGACGCGCAGACCUUCGUUUUGAACCCCAACAAAGGCCAAUCGAUUUGCGUACAUAAAGCUCAAAACACUAGCUAGAACAUGUUCAAGUUAGCUACAGCUUCAAGCAUCCUGCUGCUGAUCCUGUCUUUCGGAUGGGCAGAGCUCGAAGAAAAGCCUCGGGAAAAGCGUCAGUCGAACAAGCUGCACGUAACGCUGCUCUACGAGUCCUUGUGUCCGGACAGCAGGAAGUUCAUGUACCAAUUAGGACCCGUUUACGAAGAGUUCCAGGACUACAUUGACAUUCUGCUGGUGCCCUUCGGCAAGUCCCUGUCAGAACAGAACGGAGCCAUCUUCCUCUGCCAGCACGGACCGGCUGAGUGCAAGGGCAAUCGCCUCCAGAGUUGCGUCAUCAACAGCACGGGAAACCAGGCGGCACAGGUGAAAUUCGUGGUGUGCCAAAUGCUGGCACCGGAUGCCUCCCGCAUCGAUAAGUGUGCCAGGGAGGCGGGUCUGCUCACCGAUGUGGACCAAUGUGUGUCCAGCGAGACGGGCACCAAGCUGCAGCUGCAGGCGGAGCUGGUGACCAAACAGUACAGCCCGAGCUUCAUUCCCACCAUCGUCUACAAUGGCGUCUUCGAUCAACAGCUGCAGGACCAUUCGCUCCACGAUUUCCGCGGCACCGUUUGCUAUUUGUUGCGUCAACAAAACUCGCUGCCCAGCAGCAGCACAAUCUGCCAGUAGAUCUGCUAAAUGUUCAAUGUAACUGCUUCAAGAUUGGAAUGAAAUUAAAAUUCACAAACUGGUUUCUUCAGCCGAACAAGAAUGUCUCUCUGCCGGGGGAUUG